AUGAAAUUUCAAACUAACGAAGUGAUGAGCUUUGUUGCAAAAGAUUAUCGAGAUAUUUGUUGGGAUAUUUUAAGUAAUGGGGAGAUUGGCGAAGAUGAACUAUAUAAUAUUGUUACUCAACAAGAAUGUCUAUUAGCUUUACUAGAAAUAGCGUUAUAUCCAGAAGAAUAUGGUGAAGAGUUAAAGUUAAGUACAACUGCUGUUAACUUAGUAUGCACUGCUGUCAUACUAGAUACAAUCAUUAGAACAUCAUAUCCUUUUAGUUCGGAUGAUGAAAGAUCUGAUUAUACUGGAAAUAGUAACUGUACUAAUGACAAAGAAACUAAUAUAUGCAACAGUUCUUUUAUGACAAGUACAUCUGAUAAAUUACACUCUGUACCACUUUCAGUAUUAUUGAUGUUUAUGGCAGAAUAUUCAAGCUCAGAGACAAUAUAUCGCUAUAAUUAUGGGGGUAUUACAAAUUACUGCAAAAUUUUAUAUUCACUAUUUCUAUAUGACAGAGAGUGGACUUGGAUAUUUGUAUUAUCAAUAAAUGAAAAUUUUAUUUUAUCUCAGUUAAUAUCUUUGAUCCACCACCCAUCAGUAUCUUAUUUAUUAAAACUGAUAAUGUGCUUGGGAUGCAACUGUAAAGAUGUUAUUUUGAAAGACAAACUUACACGAAAAAGUAUCUGUACAACUUUGUAUAAUGAAUAUUGCUUAAUUGAUCCAAAUACUGUAAUUGUUAAAUUGAUUGAGAACAUAGAAGAUACCAAGGUAUUAGAAAAUGAACUAGUAGAAACUGAAAAUUUGAAAAUAAGUAUGACAGCAAAUCUACUCGUUGAUAUAGUACAUCAAUUUAUUAAUAAGUCUGAAAUAAUUAAUUAUUUUCAUAUUGGGGAUAUUAAAUAUUUCGAUAAUCCUAUUAAUAUGAAUAAUGAUGUAACUAGGUGGCUAUUUAAUAAAGAAAAUAUAAAUGAUUGGCCAAUAUGUAAAGCAUACUUAUUAUGUAUUCUUUCAGCUGAAUCAAUUACAAAGAUCUCUGGUUGUCUAACAAUGGCUAUGCAAAAUCUAGACAUCAAAUCUAAUACCAAUUUGAAUUUAUAUUUUGUUUGUAAGAUAAAAUCUUGUUUAUUAUUAUUAAAUUCAAUAUUGAACUGUAAUCCUAUCGAUUAUAUAAAUUCUUCACCAAGUAACUCAGGUGAUAACUAUAAGUCAAUAUACAACUACUUUCUAAAAGAAAUAUGUUCAUAUAUACCUAGAAAGUACAGAUUAAAUAUACUUGGAAUGUCUUCACUCAAAUCACUAGCUAGAGCUAAGAUUGAUAAUAAAGUCCGGGUUCCAAAAGUAACUACAACAGUUAAAGACCCUCCAAUACGCUCUAUAGAAUAUAUAGUAGAGUCAAUCAUAGAGACUAAUAUAAAUGGUAAAAAUAAUAAAAUUAAUAAUAGGCCACAAUACUGGAAAAUCAUUUCAAAUGUAAUGAUACCACUUAUACAAGAAUAUAUGUGGAAAUAUCUGAGUUAUAUAUACACUUGCUCAUUGCAAAAUAAAACACAAGUAUUCUAUAUACCUAAUUAUUUAUCAUCAAUCAUUUCAAUUAUUUUAGAAUUACUAAGAUAUAUUGAAUUAACUCUAUCUUGCCCAGAUUUAACAUAUGUUGGAAGAAUUUUAUUCUCAAAAAAUCCAGAUACUGGAAUUUCCUUAUUAUGGGAUUCAUUUAAUCUCAUUUUAUUUAAUAUUCAUGAAAACUGCUGUGUAUUAAGAGAUUCAAUACUAAAGAUUAUUGAGUUAUGUAUUACAAGCGUUAAAAGAAAUAUAAUUGAGAGUAAACUAGAUUUGAAUAAUACUCAAAUUAUUUUUCUCUAUGACUUUCUAACAAAUUCUGACUUUAUUAGUCGCAUUGAAAUUCUACUUGAGAAACAGCAAUACCAAAAACAGAAAUGGAUUGAUGAUAGAAUUGAAAAAUGGGACUAUCCUAAAACUAUCUCUUUAAUGCCAACCUUACCACCAACAUCCUCAAUCUUACCUCCAUUUAUACCAGAUUGUGUAAUUAGGAUUUAUCAAGAACUAUUUUUAUUGCAAUCAAAUAUUCCAUGGAUUGCAAAUUUAUUAGAUCCAGUUAAUGCCCAAAUGAAGUUAAAUGUGGACAAGGUUUUUACAAAGAAAGAAGUAUGUAUAUAUGAGGAGUUAACUACUGACAAGAAUGAAUGUAUUAAAAAUGAUGAAAACUUAGUGUUCAAUAUUAAUAAAUCCAAUAUUAUUGGUCUAGAUAGUAUAUAA